AUGGCGAGCUUGGGUGGACAUUCAAAGAAGCACAAGGUGACCAUUGUGGGAUCCGGUAACUGGGGCUCAACAAUUGCCAAGAUCGUUGCUGAAAACACCCGCGCCAACAAAGAUCUCUUCGAGGAAGAUGUCCAGAUGUGGGUCUACGAGGAGGACGUGACGAUUACCAAGGACUCCAAAUUAUAUGACGAAACCACCGGCGACAAGCCCCAGAAGCUCACAGAAGUCAUCAACAAGCACCACGAGAACGUAAAGUACCUGCCCGGUAUUCCUCUGCCCUCAAACAUCAUCGCCAACCCCGACAUUCGCGACGCUGUCAAGGACUCCACCAUUCUUGUCUUCAACUUGCCCCACCAGUUCAUCGCAAACGUCUGCAAGCAGGUCAACGGACACAUUCUUCCCUAUGCUCGAGGGAUCAGCUGUAUCAAGGGUGUCAAUGUCACUGACGACGGUAUCAGCCUGUUCAGCGAGUGGAUUGGUGACGGGCUAGGCAUUUACUGUGGUGCCCUGAGUGGUGCUAACUUGGCUCGUGAAAUUGCUGAGGAGAAGUGGUCAGAGACUACUAUCGCUUACGACCCUCCGGCUCUUGACAACAGCAGAGCUCCCACGCCACGAACAGGUAGCCCCAAUCCUACAAUUGGCGAGCUUCCCGAAAUGCAGCACAAGGACGUUCGAGGCCGAACUUCCAAGACCAAGCUCACCGCUAUGCCAGCCGAUUAUCCUCCUCUGGAUCAGGAUUGCUUCCGAACGCUCUUCCACCGACCUUACUUCCACGUCCAGAUGGUCUCCGACGUUGCGGGUGUAUCUCUGAGCGGUGCCUUGAAGAACGUAGUUGCUCUCGCAGCUGGUUUCGUUGACGGUCGUGGUUGGGGUGAUAACGCAAAGGCAGCUAUCAUGCGCGUCGGUCUCAUGGAAAUGGUCAAGUUCGGCAAGGAAUUCUUCGGCGAGACCGUCCACACAGCUACCUUUACCGAAUCCUCCGCCGGUGUCGCCGAUCUUAUCACAUCCUGCUCCGGCGGCCGUAACUUCCGUUGUGCCAAGAAGGCCGUCGAGAAGGGAAUCUCCGUGCAAGAGGUCGAGAAGCAGGAUCUCAACGGACAGAAGAUCCAGGGUACAACCACCGCAGAGGAGGUGAACAGCUUCCUCAAGGCUCGCGGGUUGGAGUCGGAGUAUCCGCUGUUCACGGCGGUGAAUGCCAUUCUCAACGGACAGGCCAAGGUGGACGACAUCCCCCAUCUGGUGCAGGAUUCUUGA